AUGCUCUUAGAGUUCCCCGUAGAGAUCGUUGAUAUAAUCCUCGCAGAGGUGACAGACAGAAAUGAUCUGAAGAGCUUAUGUGAAACUUGCACAGCUCUCUACAAACUUGCUGUUCCAUUCUUGUACAAAUCAAUCACCGUGAGGGCAAAGGAUGAGCUAUCUUUGCAGAAGAUCGACGUGGAACCAUUUUUGCGAACCUGCCACACCCCGAUCAAUCGCCUUAAGGGUGUCAAGGCCCUUGAAAUCACCUCUCAGUUCUACACGAAAAUCGGCGACCGGUGUACGCACAGGGAUGUCGGAGGUUCCCAGUAUGAACUAGUUCAGAACUUGAUGCCUCUGCUGAAGGAACUUAAAGAGGAUAGUCUACGAAGCUUUACCUGGGACUUGGGCACCUGUAUCCCACCCCAAAUUCUAGGCCCCUUUGGUCACCUUCCACUCAAGCAAAAGGGCAUUGAAUCCAUACGCCUGACCACAGACGGCGCGUGCGAGUGGAAUCUUUACGGCAAUUGUCUUAUAGACUUGUCGGAAUUCAAGAAUCUCAAGAGCCUGUCGUGGAGUGGAUUGCGUUCGGAGAAUGACUUUAGCACGCUUCACGGCGCUUUACAGCAAUUCUCGAAUCAACUCGUCGAGCUUGACUUGGAUCUCAUUGACUGGAACACAGUAAACUAUUUUUUGAUGGACCAAGAUGACUCGAGGGACUUCUUUGUCCGAAGGAUCCUGGCAAUUCCCCCUGGUGGCAGAAAAGGGAUGUUUUCUGCUCUACAAUUGCUUUCUUUGUCAGGAGUUUCCCUGAUCGACUUCCCAGAGGAGAUUACCGAGGCAUUCGAUUUCAAGACGCUUCGCUCGUUGAAGCUACGUCUGUGUCCUGGCUGGGAUGACUUCUUACAGCAUGCCUGUCAAUCGUGUCAACCGAUCGCUCUGAAGUCGCUGGAAAUCCAGAUUACUGACGAUAUUGAGGACAACUUCCGGGACACAAUCUCAGAAUUCCUGGAGUCAUUUGAGGGUCUUGAAAAACUCUUCAUUUCUACCAAUUCGGCCAGAGAUCCUCUGGACCUUUGGUACGCAGCACUUCACCACAAGUCCACCCUGCGCAGAUUUGUCCAUCACGUCAGAGGAGGAGCGAGCGAAGACGGGUUCAGCUAUGAGGAUAUGGACCGACCUGAUCUAUCGUUUACUCAGAAAGAAAUCAAGUCGUUUGGUGGUUGGUUCUUAAAUAACCCUCUUCAUAAGCUCGAUCUCGAAUGCAUCGGCUUUUCUUGUCGUCCUCAGUAUUUGGAAUCUCUUAUCAUUCCAUUUAUGCAAAAGCGCACGUUGAAAGUGUUACACAUACGGCAAUCAGGGCCAGAUCUGGAAAACUAUCCGAGCUGGGCUGUACAAUGUGACUAUUUCGGCCCAGACUCGGGUCUUUCGGAAGAGGAAGUAGAUCCAAUUCAAACACCAUCGGAAGAAGAAGACGAAGAUCGUGACAAUGAUGGCAUGCCAGGACCAAGCAAGCACAAGAAUAGCAGCAGCAGCAGUUCAUCGUCCGACGACGAGUCUCCGAAACUCAAACGCAAGUUCCAGGACUUCGCCCAUUGGGCAUUCGGACCUCACGGCAUCUCAUCGCUUCGUAUCAUUGCCUUCGGCGACUUCUCCUACGGAGGACGAUACCACCAGCACAACAUCCUGCUUUGCAGAAACACUUCCCCUGGGUAUUUCGGUCAGAAUUUCCGCCACCUUAACCAGGAGGAUCGAGAGCUGUGGGAUCUCCUUGAGGAAUACUCGGAUGUUCUCGAGGCUUGCCCGACUGGUAACCUUUUUGAAGACUGA